GGAAGGACCACCCCAAUUUCAGCUAUAGAAGGGCCAACAACAAUCAGAACUAUCAAAGGAAUCAAGCCCAACCAGCACCUCCAAAUUCCAUCCAGCACCUUGAAAAGAUGAUGGAAACAAUGGUAAAGGCCAUGCAAGGCAUACGACAGGACAUAGGACAACUGACUGCGUCCAUGAGCAGAUCUGAAUCCCAAGCAAGCUUUCUUCUAUUGGUGCAAAGUUCUUUCAGAAAUUUUGCGUACCUGGGAAUCUGCUUAACAGCAUCUAGCAGAGUCUUCUGCGCAGGAGGUGUUUCAGAUGGGGCUCGGCUGGCCGGCUCAUGGAGAUGGGGUUGCGCAGAUGUUUCAGUUUGCGCAGGGGUGGUCUCAGAUUGUGCAGGCUUUUGUGCAACUUGCUUUUCUUCCUCAUAUCUGGCAUCUUGAAUCUCUUUUCCACUUCUCAAAGUAAUGGCACUAACAUUCUGUCAAGGAUUAGUUUCAGUUUGAGAAGGGAGCUUACCUUGGGAUUCAAAUAUGCUCAUGGACGCAGUCAGUUGUCCUAUGUCCUGUCGUAUGCCUUGCAUGGCAUUUACCAUUGUUUCCAUCAUCUUUUCAAGGUGCUGGAUGGAAUUUGGAGGUGCUGGUUGGGCUUGAUUCCUUUGAUAGUUCUGAUUGCUAUUGGCCCUUCCAUA